GUCAUAUUUUUUCAAUAACGAUAAUUAGUCUAAAUUCUUUAAUAGUUGGAAAGUGUUUGUGAAUUUGUGAGGACCGAAGAGUAAAAAUGCGGUUCUAUCCACAAGUCAUACUAUGGACCUACGUCGUUUUGCCGGCGAUAGCACUCCUAUUACUGCCACAUCUAGUUCGAGCUGUAGCCAAAGCACAACAUAAUAGAGCUAAACUUCUCUCUAAUGCCCUGCACGCGAGAAAUAAAGCUGCACCCCUUGGUAGAAAUCAGCAGCAACGUAGAUACAAUCCCUACAGCAGUUACAGCACCAAUGCCAGAUCCAGAUCCAUACGUGAAGUAGAUCAAAUGGAUGGUUUUAUGGAAAACGACUUUGAUGACUCAAUUAUACAAGCACCGAAUCCAAUGUUCGCAUCUUCAUUUCAAAGCGGUCCAGGAUUUGGACCAUCGCAACGGUUCGAAUCUAUGCGCCAGGCCUCUGAUAACACGUACAUGUUAGAUGCAUCAUCACCAAUGUUGGCCAGGAUGAACGAGCCUUCUGAAAUGACCGAGGAUGGCAUUGUGGCUUCAAACUGGGACCAGCAACAAGAAUCGCUUGGAGUGCUACAGAACAUGUGGAACAUGAAUGGGUUUGGUGCAAAUAAUGCAAACAGCGAGGUCUUAAGGAACAAUCCAGAUGAUAUACAUAAUCCAAUGGCAGGUUUUGAAGAGAAAUCCGCUAGUGCCGAUCCAUCCCCGCAUAAGAAGAAAAAGAAGUACGGAAAACACUACAAACCAAAUUACUACUACCCACAAAAUUAUUACAGCUCCUAUGCUUCCGCUUAUUCUUCUUAUGGAAGAAAUAACGAUCAAGAGGGUGAAAUGUUUGAAGAUCCCCAAAUGGAUAGUCACGUCAACGAAGAAGAGUUUUCAAAUGUUGAUCCCAUGCAUGAAGAAAUCCCCGUCCAAGAAGAGCAAAUGAGAGCAAACCCUGAAAAUUUACCUACUGAAGUACCAGAAGAACCAAAGAAUGAUACAGUUGGAUGUGAACUUGAAGAUAGCUACGAGAAGAAAGACAAAAAAGGUAAAUAUCCAAAUUAUGAUCCAUAUGUCUACUAUGAACGAGCAGUUGAAGAAAUGGCUGAUUUGAACAAAAAAAUUAAGACAGAAACUGACAAACUCCUUCAUCCUGUUCAUCCGGCACAACAAGAACCUCAAGUAUUACCAGUCAUUGACAAUACCAAUAAUGAUUUUAAUAAUUAUCAAUCUGAGAAUGAAGAAACUCAAUCGGACGACAGUUCAAAUCUACAAAGUAUACCACCUGUGAUGGAAGAGAAAUCUGCAGAUCCUCAUCAUCAUUCCCGUGGAUUUAGCCACACACAUACAAUAACACAUACUCACAGCCUCAACAACAAUUUUGGUAAGCCCUUCCAAGCAAUUCAGCCAGUAUAUGAACAGCCUAAAUACAAUCCCAACCAAUUUAAUGCUCACAGUAGUUCUGCUCAUGCCGCUUCAAAGACAUUUAACCUAAACGGUGGCUUUGGACACCAAGUCCAACCUUACAGUAAUGAAGGAUUUAUCCAACCUGGUGCACAGGCAACUGCCCAAGCAGGCGCAACGGGUAAUUUCGGACAUGCUGGAGCACAAGCUCAUGCUCAAGCAGGAACUCAAAGUUUUGGACAAACCGCUGCUCAAGCUGUUGCAAAUACUGGCCUAAAUGGUUUUAGUGGGACAUUUGUGCCAACUACGGCCCAAGCUCUCGCUCAAGCCAGCUCCAUAAAUCAACAAACGGGACAAAUAUAUGGUUUAAACAAUAAUCAAAGGGAAAUUUCAAACGCCCUUGCUGGUUCACAAGGGGGUGUGAUCAAUGGAAAUGGAAACACUGUUGUACAAAAUCAAAUUCUCGGAGAUUCACAACAAGAGGUUCAAUCCCCUAUGUUUCAAGUAGAUGAUGCCAGUCAAAGCUUCGUAGGUAAUCCAGAACUUGUUCCUAGAGUGACUAGAUCUCUAGGUGGAAGUAACGAAAACACUCCAGAAAUGCCUAACUUUUCAACAGAGUUCGAUAAUAUUAUGAACAGAAACCGUGAAAGUGUCGAUAAAAGCUCCAGUGAAGAAUCAAAAGAAAGCCAAGAACUAAAUGUGGAACCAAUUAAAAAUAAGUUUCCGCAAGAUUCUCAAACUCACAUAUUCCGUGUAACUACAACAGAAAAGAGCCUCUCACCUACAACUGAAAAAGUCUACAGUUCAAGUAGAUCAGAAAACUUAAACUUAGAUGAGAAAACUGACCAUAGUUCAACAGAAACUAAUAUUGUACAACAUACAUCUACGUUUCCAACAACCCAGUCAUCUUUUGAAACGAAAACUUCUGAUAAAAUGACCACUAUUGAACCUUCAACUUCGAAUUGGGAUCAUAAACAAACACUUGUUACUUCGCCUCCUAACUUAGAUUCUCAAAAUAAUGGCAAUACUGCCCAGAAUGACAAUUCUGAAACCGAUGGAAAUCAACCAUCAAAACAAAAAUCUGAAGAAAUUAAUGUGCCUCUUGGAAUGAUGAAUCCAGAUGAUUUAACCACUCCGAUAACAGUCACUAUCGAACCCUGGGCAUCAAAUUGGGACUACAAACGAAAAAUUGAGUUUCCUGUUAAACCAAAAACUAACGAAAAAUCUCGUAUGAAUGAUAGUUCUGGGAGAAACAGAGAGGAAGCCAAUGUGCCUCUUGGAAUGAUGAAUCCAGAUGACUUAACCACUCCGAUAACAGUCACAAUCGAACCCUGGGCAUCAAAUUGGGACUACAAACGAAAAAUUGAGAUUCCUGUUAAAUCUAAAACCAACGAAAAAUCUAGUAUGCAUGAUAGUUCUGAGAGAAACAGAAAAGAAGGCAAUGUGCCUCUUGGAAUGAUAAAUCCAGAUGAUUUAACCACUCCGAUAACGGUCACUAUCGAACCCUGGGCAUCAAAUUGGGACUACAAACGAAAAAUUGAGAUUCCUGUUAAAUCUAAAACUAACGAAAAAUCUAGUAUGAAUGACAGUUCUGAAAAAAACAAAAAGGAAGGUAAUGUACCUCUUGGAAUGCAAAAUCCGGAUGAGUUAACUACCACUCCUCGACCGCGAAAAAUUGAAAUUUCGCCUCCUAUAGAGAAAUCCAGUAUAGAUGAAAAUUCUGAGAGUGAUGUAGUUCUUGGUAUGCAAAAUCUAGAUGAGUUAACCACUAUUACUCCAGUAGCUUUUCCUGAAGAACAGUCGGCUUCAAACGAUUUUAAAAGAAAUUCUGGAAGUUUAUUGUCCCCAAUAGAAUCUCAAUCAACUGAUAUAUCUACUAUUUAUGGCGAUGAUAUUGCACCAUCAAAACCCGAUGCACAAAAAACAUUCUUAAAGCAGGAGCCCGUCGAAUUGGACAUGUUUGAUCGCGAACUGGAUGCAACUAAAGAUAUAAUUGAUGAAGUUUUAGGAUCAACUCAUAAAGAUCAAAGUAAUGAAUUUGAAACAAAGAAAACGAAAGCUUCGAUUUUCGAUAAAGACAUGUCUUCUCUAACCGACGAGGAAAUUGAAGAAGUGCAAUUUUCCCAGCCUGACAAUUCUGCCAGUAACGAACAUAUUGUUGGAGCUUCUUUAACAGAAACAGAACACACUAAACUUGAUACAGCUAACAAUCCUUUGGAAACUACAAGUUCACCUAAUAAGAAGUCACCAUUCAGCUUCAAUAUAACGGGCGGUCCUUUCAGCAGCAUUGAAGAGCAACUCUCUGAAUUAACUGAGGAUGAAAGGGAAACCUUUCUAAAACAAGAAAUGAAAUUAAUAUCGGAUGUAAUAGAUGAGGCGUUGAAGAAGAAAGGGUCAUCUAAAGAAGCACUACAUGAAAAGAAAGAUGAAACUAAGAACAAAGAUAUAAAGGAAAUUGAAGUAUCGUCUCCAAACCUUAUGAAUGUACGCGAUCGCGAAUAUAUCGACGAAUACCGCAGAGAUGCCAAUUCGAAUGAACAACAACAUUUUGAUGCUGUUUUAGGACAGCAAAGAGAACAAGUGGAAUCGAUAAAGGAACUGUCAAACGCAGAUCCUGAUCUAGGAAUGAUAAGUUCAAUUGGGGAAAGUGUGUUAAACGAUUUAGAGACCAGGAAUCACCAAACGAAGAAUAGUCCAAAGAAACAGGACAAAACUAAAAGAAGCAUAGAGGAAACAAAGAAAAAUCCUAUUCCAUUAACUCACUGGGUGAGUGAUCCAACCACAAAAGUAGAUGUACCAAAAACAUUACAAAAUAUUGGAUCCGUUACCAAACAUACAUUUGAAAAUGUCAAGGCACCCAUUUAUCAUACUAGGAACAUGAUAGGAAAUACUAAAAAUAUGAUACUGUCAGUAGCUAAAAUACCUCCAAACAAUUUGUUUUUCCCUUCCAAAUACGAGAUCAUUAAAGUUGAUGAUAAGGAUGGUGGUGGUGAUACAUUAGGAGCAAUAAAUCAGCAAAUGUUAAUAUCUCGUAGUGGAGAUCCAACCGAGAUCAAAAAUAAUCAACAAGAUAGCCAAAUGUCGCAAGAAAAGAAGGGAGUCACGAAUACUUUUACCAAGUUAGGAAAUAUACUUAAAAAUAGUGUUGAUAGUGGAAAGGAUACUAUUGGGCAUUUCAAUGAUGUUGCAACCGACAUACGAAAUGUCGUGUAUACCUCGAAACACGCUGCUCCACGAAUAAUUGUACCAAGCAAAAUACCAUCCUUAAUUACAAAAGAUGCCGAAUCCAGUAUGCUUGGCAAAAAAGCUGUUUUAAUUGCACCAAGAAUAUUAGAUUUAGCCGAAGACCCUGUAGUUUCUCAACCAGAACAACCAAGUAACUUUGUUGGUGCUGGUGAUGUACUAGAUGCUCUUGGACUGUCCUAUCCCAAUCAACCCGAAGUGCCUCUAGAAAAAAUAGUACUUGAACCAUCUGCGAUAAAUGUUUUAAAACAAUUUGAUAUACCCAAAGAGUUGCGAUCUUCACAUCCUUUAAAAGAUUGGGUAAAGGAAAACUUUAAGGUGAAUCAAAAUCAACCUACAGUUGUUGGUGAAGCCAAGCCAGAAUCAGUUAAAGACUUUUUAAAAAGAAUGCAACAAGAACUGAAAGAAAAAUUAAGAAGCGAAAAUUUAGAGAGGGCAAGCAAGAGAAAAGAAAAAUCAAAUAAAUCCAAAAACAAAAAAUACAAGAAGUCCCAGAAAAAUCGGAAAAGUGACAAACCAAUUGGUAAAUCCAUUCAAGAUCAAACACAAAAUCUCAGAGAUUAUGAUAAUAUUAUAAUUCAACCAAUAAAACAAAAUGAAGGUGAACUUGUAGGAAUAUUUUUGUCUCCUGAACUAAUGAAGCCUUUCAUGGGACAACCAUCUCAAACAAUGAUUCAGGAUUACUUUAGAGAAAAUGGUGAUGCAUCAUUUGAUGGCACAGAAAAUCACAUUAUAUCAAAAAACAACUUCAAUCAAAAUAUUCCUUCAAACUUAAAUGACAGACCUCCGAUUCCGUAUUCUAACAGGAACAAAAUGCUUGAAAAUGAAAAGGUAAAUUACACAUCUCAUACAUCAGACUUGGGUCACAUUUUAGGAGCUAUAAAUCCAAUGAUGCUCGAAAGAUACUUCAAUGAAAGAAUUGAUCGUACAGAUUCUGCACACAAAGACCCAUUUAGUGCUUUUUCAAUAGCUCAUGUUGAUGAAGGUACUGCAAAUAAAGAUAUAGUAGAAAUGCCCCAACUUACAAACUACAAUAGCCAAUAUAAUGGUGAAAGUGGAAGUAUAGAUUCAAUAGCACACUUGGAUAAAAGUAAUGGAAAUAAAAACGGAGUGAAUAUGCCUCGAUAUAAAAACUUUAAUAACCAAUACGAUGGAGAAAGAGAAAGUAUAGAUUCAUGGCUAAAGUUAGUAGAAGAAAAUCCAACAAUAAUUGAAGAUCUAAAUAAUCAGGAACAGACUAAAGAAGAUUAUAAGACAAAUGAAAAUACAGUUGACGGUAAAACUCAAUCAAUGUAUGGUGAUAAUGAUAAACAAAUACAGAUAGAAAAUAAGAUAAUAGAACAUGUACCUAUUGUUGAGGUAACAACUUUAAUUAAUAGGGUGAUACAUAACAAGGACAUCAAAGAUGAUUCUGUAUAUAACAAUCCCGUCAACAAUAUUAGACUAUCAGAUACAGGCACAAAAAUUACAGAGACUAAUCUUAAAUUAGAUAUCCCAUCAGAGCAGCAAAAUAAAAAUAAACCACUUCAAGACGAAAAUGGAAGUUCUAAUAUAGAAUCUAGAACAGAAAUUGCCAAUGAAAAUAGUCAGCAACUAUUACUUAAAAAUUCAAAUGAAUCAAUCAAAAACACACCUGAUGAAACUACUUUAGAAAUGAUACAAAACGACAAGCAACUUAAAAUGGAAAACAAAAACGUACAUGAAUAUCUAAAUGUGGAUGAAAUACCUACUUCAAGCAGUAAAUCCAAUAAGUAUGGUAGUAAAGAAUAUGACCUUGUUGAAGAAGUAACUUUGAAUCCAUUACAAAUAUCACAUAAAACAUAUAAUGUUCCAGACAAAGUUUCACUUAAAUUAGAACCACCCCAACAAACACAUAAUGAACAAAUUAUGAAAGAUAAUAUACAGGUACAUCCUCAGUUCAUAAAUAAAACUAUGACCAGCAAUCUAAGCGCCAGUAAUAACAUUGAAAUUACUACAUCUAGCGAAGAAAUUAAAUAUGACGGCAAUAAGAAUGAUAAAUAUAAUGCAGAAACUUUAGGAACUUUAACAGUAGUACGUGAAGGUGGGGAUAUAAUGAAUAAAUCUGUACCAACAGUUAAAACGACAGAAUAUCUAAACAGUAAAACACAGGCCGAUCAUGUAAGUAAAAAUUUAUUUUCUGAAUUGACAGAUAAAAACGCAAUAGACCACUCAAAGAUAAGCGAUGAUAAUUAUAAAGUUCAAGCAAAGGAACAAAAUGCAAAUGGUAAAGAAUCAGUGAAAAAUGCCUUUCCUAAAAUAAAAAUAAAAAUAGGAGAAAAUAUAAAUAAACAAAUUAAUCUUGAAAAUAAAUUACAUUCAUUCAAAGUUCAUGAGACUAGUAUUCCAGUCAAUAUAUUGAAUGACAGUAAAAAUCAACCAGAUGAAGAAGAUUCAAAGAAAAACAGUAGUGAAAGUGAAUACAAAGAAACAAUUAUUAAUGAAAAUAAUAAAAAGUCAAUUAAAAAGGUUAUUAAAACUACAAAGGAAUUAGAGAACGGUAAAAAAGAGCAAACUAAUAAUGAAAAUACUCAAAAACAAUCAACCUAUAGUAAUGAAAGUGCUUCUUCAACUUCUGUAUUCAACAAAAAUAAAAAUGAACCAGAUGAUGAUGAGGAAUCUGAAAAAGAUGCGCGGACGUCAAUGAAAAUUUAUGAUACAUACCAAAAACCAUUUAUGGGGCUGGCUAAUAAAGAUAAAAUUCAUAAGUUUUUAGAUAAAUAUAAUACACCAACUAAAGAACAAAAUGAAAUAAGUUACGAUUCACCUAUAAAAGACUUUAUUUACUCAAAUUAUGAUCAAAAUGAUGUGGAUUAUUUUUAUUAGAUAAAUAUAA